CCCUCCUUCCUGUCUCCACCAGCUUCCUGCUCCUCUCUAAAAUCAUUCUUCUUACCGCUCCUCCUCCUCUUAAUUCUUCUUCUUUCUUCUCGAGAAAGAGAGAGAGAUAGAUAGAUAACAGAAACUCUUACUCCACCGACACUCCAUGUCUAACGGCGACGGAACAGUGACUAACGGCGUCAUAGUCGAGCAGACGUCAGCAACUAACAAAGGAGCUCUCAACGCCGUGAAGAAGAAACCACCGGCUAAGGACCGACACAGCAAAGUAGACGGGAGAGGGAGGCGGAUUCGCAUGCCGAUCAUAUGCGCGGCUCGAGUUUUCCAGCUGACCAGGGAGCUAGGCCACAAAUCCGACGGCCAGACCAUCGAGUGGCUCCUCCGUCAAGCCGAGCCUUCUAUCAUAGCCGCCACGGGAACAGGCACGACCCCGGCGAGCUUCUCCACCGCUUCUCUCUCCACUUCUUCCCCGUUCACGCUCGGAAAGCGCGUCGUGCGAGCGGAGGAGGAGGGAGAGUCCGGAGAAUUAUCAGCUGGACACACAAUCGGGGCUUCGGUGAUGAGUGGUGGUGGGUUCUGGGCGGUUCCGGCGAGGAAUGAUUUCGGACAAGUGUGGAGCUUUGCCGCCGGAGCUCCGCCGGAGAUGUUGUUUACACAGCAGCAGCAGCAGCCGCCAGCUACACUCUUCGUCCGACAACAGCAGCAAGCUUCCGCAAUGGGUGAGGCUUCAGCUGCUAGAGUUGGGAAUUAUCUUCCGGGUCAUCAUCUUAAUUUGCUCGCUUCUUUGUCGGGUGGGAAUACCGGGUCGGGUCGGAGGGAGGAGGAGGAUAACCCACGUUGAAAAAAGGUUCCAUUUGGGUAAUGUAUAGAAAAAAAUCGAGUGUUUAAUUUAUGUCACUGAGACUAUUUUAGUUUUGUGUUCUUUUGUGGUCGUUUUUAGUUAAUUUUAAGGUUAUAAUUGUUUGUUCGAUCAGAGCUUUAAGAAUAUUUGGUCCUCGGAGUUUGUUUAAGAGAGUGACAGUAAGAUGGAUGGAUUGAUUGAUUGUUGUUUACUGAAAACGCCAUAAAGAAGAGCAACAAAAGGCUCUUUGUACGGU